GGUUGUAUUGAUCAAAUAUUUUAAAUUGCUUUUCCGACGAGUAUGGACCCAGGUAAAAUAAUUGGAAAACUAAAAGAGCAGGUGGGUAUGGAGCACAAGUCGCGCCGCAGCUUUCCAAAAGUUUGGAGGCAAAUAUCGGACAAGGAAACUAACAAGUUCUACCACCAAAAUGAGAUUGAUAGCAAACUAAGAGGUCAACUUAAACUUCAAGACUUGUCCCCUAUUCUGCACAACAACCUGGGAGAAUGUAAUUUUGUGUCUCCAGAAAUGUAUAAAAACAUAUUGGCUGUAUGUCGCUGCGGCCGAUCACGUCAAGGACCGCAUAUGGGAAAAUGCCUUCAAAGAACAUUAAGUCCCGAUUACGAGCGAUCCAUUGGACAGAAAAUACCUAAAGAUUCGUAUGCGCAAGAAACUGCGCCUCUAGGAAAAAACACUGAGCCAUUAGCUGUGCCUAGCACUUCAAACUCUACUAUUGGCUUUGUGAAAGUCCCUAAAAACUACCAAAAAUUAGAGCGUUCUAUGCAGUAUGUUUCGCCAGCCUCAUCUUUGCCGGGACCUCGAAUAACAGCAGUCCCAUACAAUAACAUUAUCAUCGGCUAAGAU